AUGGAGGUUCAACCAAAUGAUGUAAAUGAGUUCACUGUAGUGCAUGGCAAAUCUAGUUUUAUUGUUUACUUGGAGACUAGAAGUUGUAGUUGCAGGAAGUGGGAUUUUGAAGAAAUUCCUUGCUCUCAUACUUGUGCAGUGAUUAGCAAGCAACGACUUUGUGCAUAUACUUUUGUUUCUAGAUACUACACAAAGUAUUCAUAUGGUUGCACAUAUGGGGCAACAAUUCAUUCGUUAGGCAAUCAAUGUGAUUGGGCAAUUCCUAGUGAAGUGCUUGAAAACAAUCUAAUGCCACCAGAGAUAAGAAGAGGUGCCGAUAGGCCUAAGAAGACACGAAUUCCAUCGGUUGGCGAGUUUAAGAGAACUGUUAGGUGCAGUCGUUGUGAGCAAUUUGGACAUAACAGAGCUACUUGCAAGAACCAUAUACCUAUUGGAAUUAACAUCCCAAAGAAGCAAAAGACCAUAGUUGGAUCUACUAGUCAAAUUUAA